UUAAAUGGUAGCCGUUGUCCUUCAUUUGUAAUAUUACCAUCGCACUGUAUUUAAUUAAGAAGAAACCAUAAGUCCAAUACUUGUAAUCUCUUGGAGUAACCUGAAGUCAUCGAGGAGACUUAUAAAAAGCUUCGUAAGGUGACGAUAAGUAAUUACUUUGAAGCGUGUAGGCUCAUUUGCUUUUACUAGAAACAAUAAGAAGGAAAUAUGAAUUUUUCUCCAAUCGAUAAGUAAAAGACGGACAAGGUAAAUUGCAUCUGUGUACACAAAUGUUUGUAUAGAUGACUAGAAAUAAUUGCCGUUUGCUCCACGAUCUCUGACUGUAAGUUCCAUUUAUGUAUCGAUAGAGUAUUUAAGCUUUUCGUAACUUGUGUACUUACGUUUAUAGGUACAUAAUGAAAUUUUCACAUGGCAGAAUAUUUCACGAACGAUUAAGUUUCAAACAAUUUUCAAAUUUAAAGGUCAGACUGUGAUUAAAGUUGCUACCGGAGUUUGAUCAAUCUGAAAGUAUACGUAAAAAUUGAAAGCUACUUGAAACAAGUUUUUGUUCGCUAAAGGAGUCGAAUAGCUCUUAUUUUCGUUGCUUUUUCUCUUGUCGCAAAGAUUGUAAUCGCACGAUGCAGCGGUUUACAUUUACUCAUUUUUGAAGAAUAAACGAUUUGAAACACAAAAUAUCCUUGGUAUGAAAUAUACUUAUUAUCAUCUGGAAGACAGCGUUGUAAAGAUAAACGUUAAGCAUUACUCUCCGUUGAAAAUUUCGGAAUGUUCCAGGAACAAGUAUCUUUUGAGGGUUUUAAUUAUCGCGCGCCAUCGAUGAAAGUCUUUCAAUAACGCGCACGAAAUAUCGAAUCAAGGAGAUAGUAGUCAAAUGUUCAGGCAUUUGGAAGUGUCAGUUUUUGGUGAAUUCUAAUGAAACAUGACAUAUCGAAUUUUACGUUUGGAGUAUUUAAAGGGCAAUCGAAUAUUUUAUUAAUCGUCAAAAUCGUAAGUGAUAAAGCAAAAGAUUAAUGAAAAAAGUAUAUUGAAUGUAGCAAAAACUAUGCAGAGUAGCAAAGAGGUGAAGAGACCGGCACAAAGACGGUUCGGUUGGUUAUACAAGGUUUGUUAAUAGUCAACUAUAAAGAAUCCUAUUUAUGUAAUUUAUCUCGAUAUUGUAUUAAUCCAAAAAUCUAUGAUUUAACUAUACUUCUUUAAGUUACAUGCAUAAUGCUUGCACGUAUGUACAUACUAAUCACUUGUAACCGUCACUUACCACUGUCAGUAUUAGUGUGAAUUCACUUAUGUUCUACGGUAUCAAAGAAUGAUAUGCAUAAAAGAAUUGCUAGCUAAUAUAGCAUGGCAAUUAUUACGUAGUAGGUAUUUGGUAGAAUAAUCUGUGAUAUUUAAGGACGCUAAUGAUUUAAUCAAGAUCCCGCUGUAUAAUAUUAACAACACUUUUUAACAAGGUUCUGUGUCAACAAAGGUCUGUAAAACCGUUAUCUGCCGUGCAAACGUACUUGAAAAAGAGCUGUUUGCGAUUCUGCGUGGACCGCGUUGGUCUGAAACAUUGGUCACCCAUAUUAAAUAGUAUCGCGGAGAACUGCAGUUUGUCGAAAAUUCAUCUAUACAGCCGAAGUCGGCGCAGAAGGAUACGAGAAAAAAUAAAUACGCAAGAGAAGCUUGAGAAAUUGUGGUAAUUACCGUAUUUCGAAGAUACCAAAAUGUAUCCGAAUUCCGAAUGCCACAGGAAUCGACAGGUAUAAUGUUAGAAAGAAAAGUUGCUUCCUCAAGCUUAAACUACGCGUGAAAUUUACAUACUUACCUCACUAAAUAUUUUUAAUUAUUCUUGACCCUGGGUAUUCCUGACACCGUUGGUUUUCGAUAUUCGCCACAAAUAAAACUCUCGUCACACGAAUCAACCAAACAAAAAAAAAAAUUAAAUUAUACAAAUUUUAGUAGCAUCUCUACUUAUCCGUAACGAGGCACCUGAUUUUUGUUUACCUUUCUCUACGAUUUUAAAAGACUUUAAAUUUCUCCAACUCGGUAGAGUACGUCUGGAAUGAAAUCUAGAAUUUUUUUAUCCUCCAAUUUUUCUAUAAACUGAACGUUUCGCUUUUCGGAUACUACUCCUCAAAGUUUAAGCGUGCAGGUCGCAUCGCUUGGAUCGACGAGCUGGACAGAAAGAUGAGAGAGAUUGGGAGUUAGGCGAAUAAAGGGAAAAGGGAGUCGAUACGACGGACGUGGUUCGGAAACUGGCCUUUUUUAUCGAACGUCCAGGCGAUGCAGGAAGGACACAACAUGGCCGAUCCUGUACACCAACUUUCUGUUGCGCUGCCUUCUGGAUGCUGUGGCCGUUUAUGCGAGAGACUCCACGAGGCUCACCUCGAUUACUAUCGAUGGGAUUCCGCUGAUGCCGAGGUAUCUGGACAUCCUCUGUUAUGGCCUGAGGACCAACGAGAAGCUGAUAGAUCUAUCGCUCAAGGGAUGCCGCAUCGGUGACAUCGGCUGCGAUUUGCUGCUGAACUGCUUGAGGAACAAUCCCAGCCUUCGAAUGCUGAACCUGUCGGCUUGUCGUUUGACUAACAGAAGUGCCACGAGUUUGUCCCUGUUCCUGAAAAGGAGAAGGGCGGAUUUGUUACAGAACGUUUGGGUAGAGUCGCCUUUGCAGUCUCGCGAGGAGUAUUCCUUGAAGCAGCUGCAGGGACUGCAUACCUUGAUUUUGAAUCGAAACCCAAAAUUUGGGGACAAUGGCGUUCGACAGUUGAUGGCUGCGUUAACCAUCGAUUAUUGGCUGAAAUCUUUGAGUCUUCAACGAUGUGGUAUCACUGAACACGGAGUGGAAAUCAUCAUCAAGCUUUUACAAUCCAACAGUACGCUUUCGAAGAUGGAUCUCACAAAGAAUCGUAUACACAUCGAUACUCUUCAAGUUGUUUUGAAGCUGUUGAAGAGGAAACGAGAAACAACUGAAACUAAGUCUUUGAAGAAACGACUUCAAAAGAGACGCAACAAAAGGUCGUUAGAAAAUUGUCGACAGAGGAGAUUCUUGAGGUUUCAAGAGAGACCCGGUCAAUCAAAGGUGAUCGAGAAUAUAAAGAAAAAAUAUGACUUUGAGAGGAAGGAUCCGUGUGAUCUGGAGUUGCAGCUGUUAGACGUAAUUAAUUCCAACGUUGAAUUGAGAGAAAUAUUGUCGAGCAAUAAUACAUUGCUGAACACAGAGGUCCAGGAAAGGUCCAGAACCGAGGACGAAUUGCAGAAAGUAUCUCUCGAGUUGAACAACCUUAAGAGCAAAGUUCUCUUUGUUAAUUCACUUCGUACGAAGCUUUCCAAUAAAAAUCAGUUGCUGCAGAAAGGACUUCGAUACGUUUUUGGAAAGAUGGAAUCAUUUUCAACUGCAAAACAACCCGAGAUUGAUAGAUCCAAAUACGAAGUUGAUUUCACUGCCACGGAAAUACUACCAUUGCCGUUAGUUCAACGGAAAAACAAUGUUGUAACGAGAUAUAUGCAAAGAAGACCGUACUGUCCUCUCAUAAGGGAAUGCAAAGUUGUGGAUAUCACUGAAUGCUAAUUUGAUAUAUUUUAUUAUCCGAUGCAAUUUAUAUUUAGCCGUCGGUUACUAGUACCUGUGCGAGUCUACAACAGUUUUUACAAAUAUAUUAUAAUACGAUUAGAAAAAUAAAUAUUUUUUUACAAACAAAAAA